UCCGGAAGUUCCUCCGGGAAUUCUUCCGGAAGUUCUUCCGGGAAUUCCUCCGGAAGUUCCUCCGGGAAUUCCUCCGGAAGUUCCUCCGGAAAUUCCUCCGGAAGUUCCUCCGGGAAUUCCUCCGGAAGUUCCUCCGGGAAUUCCUCCGGAAGUUCCUCCGGAAGUUCCUCCGGAAGCGCCUCCGGCAAUUCCUCCGGAAUUGCCUCCGGCAGUUCCUCUGGAAGUUCCUCCGGGAAUUCCUCCGGAAGUUCCUCCCGGGCUUCCUCCGGAAGUUCCUCCGGGAAUUCCUCCGGAAGUUCCUCCGGGAUUUCCUCCGGAAGUUCCUCCGGGAAUUCCUCCGGAAGUUCCUCCGGGAAUUCCUCCGGAAGUUCCUCCGGGAAUUCCUCCGGAAGUUCCUCCGGGAAUUCCUCCGGAAGUUCCUCCGGGAAUUCCUCCGGAAGUUCCUCCGGUAAUUCCUCCGGAAGUUCCUCCGGUAAUUCCUCCGGAAGUUCGUCCAGGAAUUCCUCCGGAAGUUCUUCCUCCAGUAGUUCUUCCAGAAAUUGCUCCAGGAAUUCUUCCGGAAGUUCCUCCAGAAAUUCCUCCGAACAAAAAUGUUACACAUUUGUGCGUCGCCGAUUUCGCUCAAUCAUCCAUUCGAUUCGUAACGAAACGUACGACGGCAAAGCAAACCAUGACCGGCCGGAUGGCGUAACGCAAUUUCGGAUUACGCCAACGACGGCACCGCCACCACCGCCGCCGGUUGCUACGAUGAUCUUCUGA